AUGGAGAAUAAGGCCACGUCAGUGUCAUUGCGUGUUGGCUCAGCGUGUGCCUUCGGCAUUAGCUCGAUUUUGAUUGUUUUCGUCAAUAAAAUAUUGCUGACGAAUAUCGGAUUCCCAUCAUUUUUGUGCGCUGGAAUCGGGCAGAUGCUGGCCACAAUAGUGAUUUUAUUUGGUGCAUCGAGUUUGGGGUUGAUUAAGUUGCCGAUAUUUGAUAGGUCGAUUGCGAGAAAGAUUUUUCCGUUGCCGUUGAUUUAUGUGUUGAAUUUGAUAUCGGGUCUUGGAGGGACGCAGAAAUUAAAUUUGCCGAUGUUCACAGUGUUGAGGCGAUUUUCGAUUCUAAUGACGAUGCUUUUGGAGUAUUUUAUAUUGGGGGUGAAAGCACCGAAUGUAGUUCGAAUCUCGGUUGGUUUGAUGAUAUUGGGUUAUGAUUUGUCAUUCGAUGCAUAUGGAUAUUUUUUAAUACUAGUGAACGAUAUCUGUACAGCUGCGAAUGGUGUGUACAUGAAACAGAAACUUGAAGCGAAAGAAUUAGGGAAAUAUGGUUUAUUAUAUUACAAUGCGUUGUUUAUGAUUAUACCAGCAAUAUUAUUGGCGGCAUGCACUGGGGAGUUUGAAAAGGUGUCGGAAUAUAUUGAAACGAACAGUGUGACGAUACCACUGGUGAUUUGCUUUUUAUUAUCGUGUUUGUGUGGGUUUAUUUUAAAUUAUUCGAUAGUGUUGUGUACGCAUUAUAAUAGUGCGUUGACGACGACGUGCGUUGGGCCGAUAAAGGCUUGGAAUAGGAUUGAUCAUGUUGAUAGAGGGCUGUUAAGUGUGGCCGGCUAUAGUGCGCGACUGUGGGCGGGGCUGAACCGUUGCGACAGCAGUGGUGACGCGGUUUUGGCGAAUGUGCUAUGUGGGAAUCUGUUCGUGACAUACGCCGGGAUGUUCUCAUCAGGGGAUUAUCGCUUCGAAUGGACGAAUUUCGUUGGUAUUAAUAUGAGUGUGAUGGGCAGUAUUUUAUACACUUAUGUGACGUUCAGAUCGAAGAGGGUGGUGAGUGGAGAUGUGGAUAAAGCUGGUGGUGAUAGUAUCGAUUAUGUAAAGAAUAAUAUUAAUGAGAAGAGAGAUUCAUACGGCGGGCGUAACUUGACAAUCAUAACUGCGCCGAAAAAAAUAGUUCGUGCAGAAUGGAGACAGGCAGAGAUGCAAACGAAACCGGAGAUGCAAACGUGGCGUGGCUGGCGCUCGAUACAGCUUUCUGGGGCAGAGAAAAAGACGAAAAAAGGUGGUGCAGCUUUGGAGAUAUGA